AUGACCACUGCAUAUCAUUCGCAGUUUACACCAACACAGACACGGAUGGAUGGCGACAAAAGAUCUCCUCUCCGGUGGUUCCGCAGCCGCGGCGGCGCCAGCUGGCCCGUGGCGCUGGACGAGCGCGUGCGCCAGGUGGGCGGCAGUCUGCACGUGCGCAGCGCGCUGCUCGAGGACUCUGGCCGCUACGUCUGCCUCGUCAACAACUCGGUGGGCGCCGAGCGCGCCUCCACGUCGCUGCUCGUCACCACGCCGCUGUCCGCGUACAUGGUUCCGCAGCAGCAGACGGUGGACGUGGGGCGGCCCGCGCAGCUCAACUGUUCCACCGAGGGCCACCCCCAGCUGGCCUUCUCGUGGCUCAAAGACGGCCGCCCGAUCCACACGUCCAGCAGGGUCAGGCUCGUCUCGCCGCAGACGCUGAAAAUAGAUCACGUGGAGAGGACGGACAGAGGGAUGUACCAGUGUUUCGUUUCGAACAACGACGAGACGGCUCAGGGAACAGCUGAAAUAAAACUGGGAGACGCGGCGCCGGUGCUGGUGGCGACGUGGCAGCAGGCGGCGCUGCGGCCGGGCGCGCCCUGGUCUGCGGAGUGCGAGGCCGCCGGCUCCCCGCUGCCCGCGCUCUCCUGGUUCCGCGACGGCGCGCCGCUCACCUCCGAGGAGCACCGCGUCCAGGUGAGCGUGCAGGCGGGCAGCGCUUCGGUGCGCGGCCGGCUGUCGCUGGCGGCGGUGCGGCCGGAGGACGGCGGCGCCUACGAGUGCGUCGCCAGCAACGCGGUGGGCGCCGCGUCCCACGCCGCCGCCCUGCACGUGCUGGGCCCGCCGCACGUGCGCCCCAUGCCGGACCGCAGGGUCGUCGCCCACACCGACGCCGCCUUCCACUGCCGCGUCACCGGCUACCCCAUCAGCGAGAUACGCUGGGAGAAGGAGGAAGCACCUGAAAUUGAACCAAUAGCUGUGAAAUCAGAUUUACAACAGGGAAUGAGAAUGCAUCUUACUUGUGUUGUGAGAAAGGGUGAUCUUCCAAUCAGCAUUCAUUGGAUGAAAGAUGGCAGUGCUAUCGCUCAGGAUCAGGACAUGUCUGCAAAGCCAUAUGAUGAGUACUCCAACAUCCUCAGCUUCACCAGUCUUGCUGUCAGGCAUACUGGGAACUAUACCUGUCAGGCAGCUAACUCUGCUGCUAUAACAAAUUAUACAGUAGAGAUAAUUGUGAAUGAUCCUCCUUCAUGGAGAGUACAGCCUGAUGAUACAGAAACAGUAGCAGGCAAAUCCGUUGUGUUACCAUGUGCUGCUGAAGGAUCCCCAUCACCAAGGAUAAUGUGGAAGAAAAAUACUGGUCCUGUGCCUCCUCUUUAUAAAGAACUAAGUCAUUUGAUGGAGAACUACAAAAUUAUGCAGAAUGGAAGCCUUGUUGUUUACAACACUCGCCCAGAAGAUUCUGGAUAUUAUAUGUGCCAGGCAUCCAAUGGUGUUGGUGUGGCUCUCAGCAAAGUCAUCUACCUCACAGUUCAUGGCGAGUAUUUACAUGACGUUUAG